GCGAUGCAUGGUUCAGGAGCUAGCUAGCUAGGCACACAAGCUCAACCAGUCAAUGGUGCACAUAACAACCAACUUGGGGGUGGUGAUGGCGGCCGCAGUGGUGGCGAUGCUGACGUCGCCGCUCCUUGCUGGAGCAGAAGUUUCUCCGGUGGAGGCGCAAGGGAUGCCCGACUGCGACAUCACCUGUGGCAACAUGAGCGUGCCGUACCCGUUCGGCAUGGGCCCAGCCCGGUGCUACUGGCCGGGGUUCAACCUCACCUGCGACCGCGCAAGCAACCCGCCGCGGUUGCUGCUCGGCGACGGCACCCUUCAAGUCCAAGAGUUGUCCCUCAUCCCGACAUUUGUGGCCGUCAUACGCAUCGGCGACAUAAAAGUCGACGACCUCGGUGACGGCACACUCGGUAGUGGUCUUACGACCGAUGGCCCCUAUGCAAUUUCAUCCAACCAGUUUAUCCUGGUGGGCUGCAACGUUCAUGCGACGCUCAAGAACGGCGACGUGACCAUGAGCAGUUGUUAUUCUCGCUGCAAAAAUGGUGAUGGACUCUCCCAGGCGCGGAACACACUCGAAGCAGGCAUGCAAUGCUCUGGCAAUGGCUGCUGCCAGUCGGACAUUAUCUUCAACCCUGCAGAGGUAGCAGAAAGGCUUGUCAACAGCACGUCCUACGACGUGCAUCUCAAAUGGUUCGGCUCGAACCGGAGCACGGAUCAGCAGUGGCCCGCACUUGUCUUCGUCGCAAGUAAAGGCUGGUUCAGCCAUACACCAGUCUUCCACGAGCUGUUACGAACAGACGGCCCUGCAUCAGUGGAUGGGAUGCAAGUUCCCUUUUUGCUGGACUGGGAGGUCGUUCGCCAUGGCGCAGAAUGCCCCAACGUCUGCAAGAGCAAGUACAGCGAGUGCACAAAGGGUAAGAGAGGCUACACAUGCUUCUGCAACGACGGCUACCAAGGGAAUCCCUACAUCACCGACGGAUGCAAAGAUAUCAACGAGUGCAGUGAUCUCGGAUGGUACGACAAAUGUUAUGGUGAUUGUAUCAAUUUGGAUGGAUCAUUUCAAUGCCGGUGUCCGCCAGGAACACAUGGCGAUGCUACCCUGCCCGGUGGCUGCCUCAUUCCCAUCUCACGUAACUGCAGCACGUUUUGCGGUGACGUAUACGUGCCGUACCCCUUCGGCAUUGGCGCCGCCCAUUGUUACUGGCCAGGGUUCAACCUUACCUGUAAUACAGGCCAACAACCAGCAAAGCUACUCCUCGUCCUCAGCGACCCCGACUUCGGCAUGGACAACAACUUCCAUGUAACGGAGAUCUCCCUCCGGACCAACACGGUGCGCAUACUCCGCACCAAUGCCAUCAUGCCUAUCCCCUCCGGCCAGUCAAGCACUGUGUCUUUCUUUGGCAACUACUCGGAGGCACCCUACUCGCUAUCGACUGGUAACGAGUUCAUCCUAUCGGGCUGCAACCUUUAUGUGAUGCUGAUCGGGAAUGACACCGAGGAUGUCAUCAGCGGUUGUGCCUCCUUCUGCCCCUCCAGCAUCAGUGAAACCUUCUUCGGGACGGUAUUGCAGCGAGCAAACAGAGGAAGAUACUGCAACGGCAUGGGCUGCUGCCAAGCGAAUAUCCCCAUGUCCUCCAACGGCUUGCCCACGUCGUUGAUGGUUGUCAAUAGGAACCGCGACCAGGAGUUGACGUCGCAGCCCGCGUACACACUAAUUGCAGAGGAGGGGUGGUUCGAUCAGCGACGGUUGUCCAAGGAAAUAGCAGGGCGGGAGAAAUACGAAAUAGCCAAGGUACAGGUUCCCCAAGUUCUGCAGUGGGAGGUUAUACAGGACUUACCGCGGCCUGAUGAUAUGACGGCACAUCCGGGCUGUCCAGUGGAGGUAGCCCGCAAGCUCUGCAAGAGCAAGAACAGCUACUGUAAACGAGGGAGCAGAGGCUAUUUAUGCCAGUUUAUGGAUGGCUACGACAAGCCGGGCAGCAACCCCUACCUUCCCGACGAAGAUGGACGCAUGCCCUUACCUAUAGGUUUAUACCUCUGCAUAGGAGUUGCUGUUGGGGCAGUCAUCAUACUAUUUGUUCUCGCUGGAUCCUUCACACAUAAGAAAUUCAAACAUCGAAGAGCGCAGAUGUUGAAACAGAAGUUCUUCGAAAAAAACCGUGGACAAUUGUUGCGACAAUUGGUAUCUCAAAGAGCGGAUAUUACAGAGAGAAUGAUUAUAACCUUAGACGAGCUUGAGAAGGCAACAAAUAAAUUUGAUAAAGCUCGUGAGCUUGGUGGUGGGGGGCAUGGUACGGUCUACAAAGGAAUUCUAUCAGAUCUCCAUGUUGUAGCCAUCAAGAAACCAAAGGCAGCGAUUCAAAAGGAGAUUGAUGAAUUCAUUAAUGAGGUUGCUAUCCUAUCACAGAUCAACCAUAGAAAUGUGGUAAAACUCUAUGGUUGUUGCCUUGAAACAGAGGUCCCCAUGUUGGUCUACGAGUUUAUAUCCAACGGCACUCUCUAUGAUCAUCUUCAUGUUGAUGGACCAAGAUCAUUGUCAUGGAAUGAUAGGCUACGGAUAGCAACUGAGACAGCCAGAUCUUUAGCCUAUCUUCACUCAACAGCUUCAGUACCGAUCAUCCAUAGAGAUAUCAAGUCUGUUAACAUACUUUUGGAUGAUACUCUAACAGCAAAGGUCGCAGACUUUGGAGCUUCAAGGUAUGUUCCGUUGGAUAGAUCAGGGAUCACAACAAGAGUGCAAGGUACAAGAGGAUAUCUGGACCCCGGGUAUUUCAAUACCGGGCGUCUCACGGAAAAAAGUGAUGUGUACAGCUUUGGUGUCUUGCUUCUGGAGUUGUUGACUAGAAAUAAACCAUUUUCAUACAUAUCUUCAGAAGAUGAAGGCCUUGUUACACAUUUUUCUGCCUUAUUCACACAAGGCAAAUUAUCAGAGAUACUAGAUCCGCAAGUUAUGGAAGAGGGAGGCAGUGACAUGGAAGAAGUCGCAGCGCUUGCAGCAAUGUGUAUUGCAUUAAGAGGAGAGGAUCGUCCGUCCAUGAAGCAAGUGGAGAUCAAACUCGAAGGCACUCAAGCAUCCAGGGGACAUGAGGGGGGUGGUGUAAGAAAUGGUCCAUGGACUGCAGAUGGAGGUAGGAGCCAGGUAUUGUCCAGGCAGUAUAGUAUGGAAGAGGAGUUCGCUUCAUCUGCAAGGUAUCCUCGGUAGUUCUGCUUAAGACCGAGCUCAUCAGUGCAUUAGUUGUAAACACCACAGUUUGGAUAUUCUCGUUUGCACUCAUUUCCCUUCUGCAUUUGGUCUCUUUGCUUCCAUGGCAGCUACUUUUCUUCAUCCUUUUUUUUCCCAAAUAAACUUAGUGUUAACACUCAGUGUAAUGUUAUAAACUUGUUGUAAUCGUGUGCUUAGCUAAAGCAAAAGAGUGUAAUGAGCUCGCUUUAUUC